AUGGAGAACCAAGUUGUGGCAUUUGAUGGAGAGCUUGACUCUGCCUCAGAUUGCACAGGCAAAAUCAUCAUCGACCAGGAGGAAGCCCAUGUGAGUAUUCCCAAUGGAACCCAGCUUGGGGACACUUUCUCAAUCCGGCGCAAAGUGGAAUCCUUGAAGCAUGGAGAUAUCUACGAUGUGAACCAUGUCGCGAUGACCGAAGUCGACAUGGAGACAAGAUACCAAGCGAGAGCGUUCCAGACCCACGGUCUAUUACCAAAGCUUGAAGCACAUAUCCGUCGUACAAUCAGACGGAUGUCCCGAAGAACGGUUCUUCGCACCACUUGGGGUCAGCUUGAGGUGGUUGUCUUCAAGGCAGAAAAGCUGGACAGAUCUGAGAGCAACAACCCUGUCCAAGCAAAGUCUGAAGGCCCGAGUUGCCCGCCACCAUCUGAGCCGGCAUCUCCAAAGAGGACAAAGAAAACAUCGGCAACAAGGAAAGAGUCGGAACGACUUCGGCAGCAAUCUCGCCGAAAAAGAAACCUCCAAAGAAAACAAACACAAAACAUGUCGCCUCAGGACAAAUCGAUUCAAACUGAACAAGGGUUUGGUCUUAGCCUCCUUCUCGACAUCGAUCCGGAUGACAUUAUCUUUCUUCAUCGAAUCAAUCACAUAACCUCUUUCAGACCAAUAUGGAGCUCCUGGGAUCUCAAGCAAUAUCUUGAAGCACGGUGCAAACGGACCGUAACGUCUGACGUUGAGAGUUGGUCGGAUAUGAUUAGGCACGAGAAAGUGUACCUUCAUCGACAGAGGAAUAAAUUCACAGCAAUCAUGGAGAAAUGCACGAAGUAUAUUUUAGAGAAUCGGGCCGCGAAAAACCACGGUGGGAGGUUUUUGCCUUGUUUAUCAAUCUCUCAGGAGCUAAGGGCUCAGAAAAUUUUGUUCCUGCAGCGAUAUAUGAUUUUACUUUCUGGACUUGGUGCACUGGAUUUUUUUUUUGGCCUGGUCAAACUGGGAGUAUCAGUCACCUCUGCGCUCCGUUAA